AUGCGUCUCGAACUCCUCACCGGCGCCGCGGAUCCGUCGUCCACCGCCCCAGAUGGAGUGUCUCAAGCCCUGGACGACGCACGCGACGCGAUCGCGACGCGAGACGUUCGAAGAGCGCUCGUCGCGUACGUUUUCAUCGCCGAGCGAAGAUUCAGUGGAAUCGUCUUUGAGUCUCGUCGAGCCCUCGAGCUCGCGUUAGACGCGCUCGCGCUCGCGAGCGCUGUGGUGUCAAACGUCCAUGCCUCGCUCGUCGAACGCGUGGCGGCGGCGGAGCUUGGGGGAUGCGCCGCGCGCGUCGUCGGCGCGUGCGCGAGGAGUCGGCGGUUCGCUCGGGACGUCGUCGGCGUCGCGCACGCGAUAGCGGUGACGUCGGCGUUCGCUUCCACGGCGACGACGCACGAAGAGUUACGUACCAGGGCGCCGAGGGCGGUGACGUCGAGCGCGCUGGCGCUGAUGUCGAUCGGAAGUAAGGCGGCGACGCGCGCGGUGGCGGCGCAGAGCGGAGACCUCGGAUUUUACGCGUUUGAGACGCCGAGUGCGGCGAUGGAUCUCGCGCACGCGAUCGCGUACGGAGUGUUAGCGAACGAUGUCGAUGCGGUAAUAGCGAUGUUGGUGGCGUGGGAGCGACCCUUGGAUGCUGGAGACGAGUACGCGCGCGAGAGAGUGACCGCGCUGGGCGGCGGAUCGAUGAGACGAGUGUUGGAGAACGUCAUCGCGUCCGGUGAGUUGUCGAAAGACGCGGUCCAAGAGUUGUUGAUUAAGUCUGCGAGCGAUGGCAAGACGGGGGGCGUGUACGUGUUGGCGGCGAUUUAUCGAGCGAGCGUCGUGUUGAAGGACGCGGAGACGACACGGAUGUGCGCCAACGAGCUCCUAGAAUUGGCGCGAGCGAUGGAGGCGUGGAUAGGCAUGCGUGAGCGAGACGUCGCGCUCGAGGCGCGGGCACUCGCGUGCGUGACGGCGAUAUCCGCGUGCGUCGACGUGGACGCGACGAGCGGGCCUUUACAACCUGUAUGCACUCUCAUUCUACGCGCAUCGUGCAAAGCCUUCGCGUUGGCUCACGACUGCCUCCUCCAGUCAUUCGCACGAGGACGAACGCCACAAGAGGCUUCGCGGAUACUCCAGGAUCUCGUUACGUCACCAGUCUACUUGAAUGCCGAUUUCAUAGCCCAGGCGGUGUCAAGAGAAGGAAGGCUUGACGCACAUCAGGCGAUUUCAGCGCUCAUAGAUUUCAGCGCGUACUGGUACGCCACUGCGCGAGAUCUCGCAUCGCCGGAAAGAGCUGCGUGGUUUGGUGAUUUGGACGCCACCGCAAUCUUACCGGCUCGUGCGGUCGUUCACGAGUUCGUUAUCAUCGCCCUGAAGAAUAUCUUGUCCGUCGGCAGUCUCGAAGCGCAUUUCACACAAACCAUGACGGUGCUGUCUUACAUCGAGUUUUCGCGGGCGGCGAGCGUGGAGUACGCACAGGUUCUCGGUGCGAUCGCUAACGCGCUCGGUGGCCUCAUCCCGGGCGGCGAUGGUGCGUUGGCUCUAGCCUUUGUCGACGCAUUGCCCGUGCUGGAGGGGGACGCGUGGCACGAAGAUGAAAUGCUUGCUUCACGAAUUCAUUUGGCGCUAAGACUUCUUCCAUUCACAAUCUCGAAGUUAUCCGUGGGUACGUUGUUGGAACGCGUGCUUCCAUACGUCCGUGCGUGCUGUGAUCACGCGAUUAGCCACGUCGUCAAGGCGGCGCACGUGGCAUACGUAUCGAUUUUCCACGCUCAUCCAGAACUGAACGAUCGACUGUUCCCUGAAUAUCUUAACAUGGCGCUCGAAAGAUAUCCCACAUCGACGCCGUUGGAACCACUCAUCGCGGCCGUGGGUUUAGCGACGAGGUUCGGUGAACCGGGGAGUCGUAUCGCGCUCCAUAUCGCUAACGAGCUUUCCGGAAAGGUGAAGAGCAUGGAUGCGAUGCCGACGCCAGUUGGAUCGACCGAUCCGCCGGUGGAGCCUCUGAGACGAUUAUUAUUUCAGCUCGUCACUCUCGUGGACUUUCCACUUAUACCAGCGAUCCAAGAUAUUCUUCAAGACACCGUUCUCGACGGUGCGGAUGCACAAACGCGUUCGAGGCGACAUCAGACGCUGGCGUACACCGUGAUGCGGUGUCCCGAUUACGCAAGGAAACCGCUGAUGGUCGAUUGGGUGUUGCGAAUGUCGAGCAAACUGUAG